GCACAUACCACAAGCGUCGUUACAUGUUAAUGUGUAACAAAAGAUCCGGAGCCAUCAAAUCUCCCCGCCUCGGUUCACACACUUCACCAUUACGACUAACUACUCCUAUAUUACUAGCAUUCUCCGCUCGCUCGCUCGUUGCCCGGAUCCCUCGUCGCUACUUUCCAACAUUUCUACCAUGCCUAAGCUGCCGGGGAAAAUCCAUAAUCCUGCACCUUUCUUCCUCUUCAUCCUUCUUUGUUUUUCCUUCAUUAUUUCAGCUACGUCCGGCCUCACCUUUUCAUCAGAUGUAACGGCCCUUAAAGCCUUCAAAGCCGCUAUCAAGCCCUCUUCAAUUAAGCCAUAUUCAUGCCUUGGCUCCUGGAACUUCUCCAACGACCCUUGCUCCAUUCCUCGGGCUUAUUUCUCCUGCGGUCUUUUAUGCAGUGGCAACAGAGUAACCCAGCUCACCCUCGACCCGGCUGAUUACGCCGGCACCCUGACUCCACUCAUUUCCAAGCUCACUCAGCUCCUCACGCUCGACCUCUCAACCAACAAAUUCUCCGGCCCAAUCCCACAGCUCUACUCCCUAACCAAUCUACAAACUCUUGUACUCCGAUUCAACUCCUUCUCCGGCACAGUCCCACCCUCUUUAACCGCGCUUAAAUCCCUCGAGACGGUUGAUCUCUCGCACAAUUAUCUUUCGGGAUCGCUGCCCAACUCGUGGAGCUCGAUCGGCAGCUUGAGAAGGCUCGACCUGAGUUACAACAAACUCACCGGUUCACUCCCCAAGCUCCCGCCCAACCUCAUUGAGCUGGCGAUCAAAGCCAAUUAUCUGUCCGGGCCGCUUUACAGGACUUCAUUCCAGGGGUUAACUCAAUUGGAGGUUGUUGAACUCAGCGAGAACUCGUUUUCCGGGACACUCGAAGCUUGGUUUUUUCUCUUGCCUGCUUUGCAGCAGGUGGACUUGGCGAAUAACAGCUUCACGCGGGUCGACAUCUGGAAGCCUAAGAAUGGGAACAGCGACCUGGUGGCCGUCGAUCUGGGAUUUAACAGAAUCGAAGGGUAUUUGUCCGUAAAUUUCGCGGCGUACCCUUUGUUGUCGUCUCUGUCAUUGCGUUACAACCGGUUUCGUGGACCAAUCCCGUGGGUGUACAGCAAGAGGGAGUCAUUGAAGAGGCUGUUUUUGGAUGGGAAUUUCUUGAAUGGGUCGCCGCCGGCGGGAUUUUUCAGCGCGGGGACGUCAGUUUCUGGCAGUUUAGGGGACAAUUGCCUACAAAAAUGCCCGGUUUCUUCGCAACUUUGCUUGAAAUCGCAGAAGCCUUCGGCCAUUUGUCAGCAUGCCUACGGGGGGAAACCAAGGUCCUAGUGUCAGUCAAUUGUCUUCAAUUUUUUGUUUUUGUUUUUUACUUUUUGGAAAAAAAAAAAAAACCUGUACAACACAAUUUUCAUUUUCAAAGAUCGUGUAAGAUAAAAUAUACUAGAGCUAGUGUUUUAUUCUAUUCUAUUUUACUUUUUUUUUGUGUUGUGUGGAGACUGGAUUUUAGAUAAUCCGAAGUAUAAAAUGUUGCAUAGUUUUAAUAAUAAUAUCCUUGUGGAAUAAA